UCAGAAAAUUAGAGAUAAUUCAAACCUCUUAAAAAAUUCGUAUUUUCGCAAUUUUCAUAUUAUCAAUGUUCUUAAAUUUCAGGUAAAUUUACGUUUAAUUUUGGUUAGUGGUAAGACAAAAGAAUUCGUAUUUGCAUUACGUACAUCAGCAUCUGAAAUCACACAGUAUAUUUUUGAUAAUUGGCCAAGAGAAUGGGAUGAAGAAAAAGUGGAAUCAUCGUCAUUAUUAAAAUUGAUAUAUCAUGGGCGAUUUUUACAUGGUAGUGUAACACUUAAUGCUUUAUCUCUACCAUCCGGCAAAACAACCGUUAUGCACUUAGUUACUCGAGAAAAUCUUCCCGAACCCAAUUCUAAUGGUUUGUUAUUUGCUAUUCGUUUUUCUGCUUAUCAAGAAAAUUUGCGGGUGAUGUCCAUGAUAUAA